AUGGUGGUGACUGCUCACCGUGUCACCUCAGACUUCAAGCUGCAGCAGAUGGUGAUCGACUUCAGGCCGCUGGAGGGCCGUCAUACGGGGGACAAGAUAGCCACUGAGCUGGAGCAGGUUAUAGGGGAGGGGGCAUUGGGUGGUGGUGAGUUUUUCGGCGUGACCUCGGACAACGCCGAGAACAACAACAGGGCAGUUCGUCUGCUGGCCGACGUCUCUGACCACACACCCGGGUGCGUGGCCCAUGUCCUGAACCUCGCAGUGCAGUACGCAUUGGAGGUUGAGCCGGUUGCCGAGGCGCUGCGGAGGCUGCGAGCUGUGGCUAGCCACAUCGGGUGGUCGGUGCAGCGGUCGGAGCGUUUUUUUGACAUCCAGAGACAGUAUGUUGCGACACGUGCGGCUACGCAGGCAGAGGGGGACACCGAAGAGGGGGGUGAGAGGCAUGCAGAGGGGGGCACUGUAGAGGGGGGGGCCACGCAAGGAGAGGGCGGCAGCAGUGCGCGGAAGGUACCUGCUGACUUGCGCCUGAUCGUUGACUCGGAUACGCGCUGGGGUUCCACGCUGGAGAUGGUGGUGAGGGGGUGUGAUCUGCACAUUCCUCUCACGAUGCACUUCGAUGAGUCCACCGUACGCCACACGCUUGGCAUGGGCAGAGAUCAGGCUGUCCAAUGCUCACUGGUCAUUCCCAACGAGCUGCGUGCUUUCCUCGAGCCGUUUGACCGCAUCAGCCUCGAGGAGGUGGCGAUUGCCACCUUCCUCGAUCUUCGGCUCAAGACGGCGACCUUCAGGCUCAGGGCCCGUGGGGCGAGGACUAGCGCGCCCAUUGUGGUGGAGGCGGGGGGCCAUGCCAGGGGGGCCAGGGCACUCGACCUGAGCAAGGAGAGGGUGAAGGCGCUUGUACGCGAGCGCCUUCCACCGUACCAGACAGCGGCCCGUGCAGCGGCAGAGGCACGCGUUGGGGGUGAGGUCACGAGCGCUAGUGUAGUGACGGGGGCGGGCGCGGGAGUGGGCGGGUCUGCAGGGCGUAGGGGAGGCAGGUCGCGCGGCGUGCUCGACUUUCAGGCUAGGCUGUUUGCUGGCGUGGCAGAGAUGGAGGCAGAGGAGGGGGUGGGGGCACAGGACGAGGUGGACCAGUAUUUAACUGAGGCGAGGCAGCAGCUGCCCGGGCUUAGGGCUAUGGCACGCGAUUAUGUGGGUAUCCCCGCCACGUCUGCAGCGAAUGAGAGAGCCUUUAGUCAGAGCAGGAACAUCAUCUGGUGGCAGCGGCACCGUCUGAGCCCACAGUAG